CUGCACCAGUCCCCAUAACCUUACGGAUCUCAAGCACCUGCCUCUACAGUUGGUACCGAUGGCAUUGUCCUGGUUCAAUUCCCUUUGGGCCAUGGAACUUCUCCUGGCUUCCACCACCUUCUGCCUAGUAUUCUGGGUGUUCAGAGCCUGGCAGCCUCGGGUCCCCAAAGGCUUGAAGAGUCCUCCAGGGCCCUGGGGCUGGCCCCUGCUUGGACACAUGCUGACCUUGGGGAAGAACCCACACCUGGCGCUGUCACGACUGAGCCAGCGUUAUGGGGACGUGCUAGAGAUCCGCAUUGGCUGCACACCUGUGCUGGUGCUCAGUGGCCUGGACACCAUCCGGCAGGCUCUGGUGCGGCAGGGCGAUGAUUUCAAGGGCCGGCCUGACCUCUACAGCUUCACCCUGAUCACUGAUGGCCAGAGCAUGGCCUUUAAGCCGGACUCUGGACCGGUGUGGGCUGCCCGCCGGCGCCUGGCCCAGAAUGCCCUCAACAGGUUCUCCAUUGCCUCAGACCCAGCUUCCUCAUUUUCCUGCUACCUGGAGGAACAUGUGAGCAAGGAGGCUGAGGUCCUCAUCAGCAAGUUCCAGGAGCUGAUGGCAGGGGCUGGCUUUGAUCCCUAUAAUCAGGUGGUGGUGUCAGUGGCCAAAGUCAUUGGUGUCAUGUGUUUCGGGCAGCACUUGCCCCAGAGCAGUGAGGAGAUGCUCAGCCUUGUGAAGAACAGCCAUGAGUUUGUGUAGUCUGCCUCCACUGGGAACCCCGUGGACUUCUUCCCUAUCCUUAAAUACCUGCCCAACCCCACCCUGCAGAGUUUCAAGGCCUUCAACCAGAGGAUCGUGCAGUUCCUGCAGAUAAUGAUCCAGAAGCACUAUCAGAACUUCGACAAGAGAAGUGUUCAGGAUAUCACAGGUGCCCUGUUCAAGCACGGCAAGAAGGACUCCAGACCCAGUGGUGGCUUCAUCCCUGAGGGGAAGAUUGUCAACCUUAUCAACGACAUUUUUGGGGCUGGAUUUGACUCGGUCACAACAGCCAUCUCCUGGUGCCUUAUGUACCUUGUGACAAAUCCUGAGAUACAGCUGAAGAUCCAGGAGGAACUGGGAACAGUGGUUGGCAGGGCACGGUGUCCCUGGCUCUCUGACAGACCCCAGCUGCCUUAUACGGAGGCCUUCAUCCUGGAGACGUUCCGACACUCCUCCUUCGUCCCAUUCACCAUCCCCCACAGCACAACAAGGGACACAACACUGAGUGGCUUCUAUAUCCCCAAGGAACGUUAUGUCUUCAUAAACCAAUGGCAUGUCAAUUAUGAUCAGAAGCUGUGGGGGGACCCAUCUGAGUUCCGGCCAGAGAGAUUCCUCACUGCUGAUGGCACUACCAUCAACAAGACCUUGAGUGAGAAGGUGAUGCUCUUUGGCAUGGGCAAGCGCCGGUGCAUAGGAGAGAUCCUGGCCAAGUGGGAGGUCUUCCUUUUUCUGGCCAUUUUGCUGCAGCAGCUGGAGUUCAGUGUGCUACCAGGAGUGAAAGUGGACCUAACCCCCAUCUACGGGUUGACCAAGCAUGCCCACUGUGAGCAUGUCCAGGCAAAGCUACGCUUCUCCAUCAAGUGAAGAAGACACCAGCACGCUGAGGCAGAAGGAAGGAUGGCAGUCACCCAUGGGCCUCGGCCCUUUUCCUUUCCUUCUCUUUUUUAAUAACAGCUUUAUUGACAUAUAAUUCAUGCAGGAGAAGA